AUGGUUUGCAAUAUCCUGCUCCCCUCCGGGCCGAGUGUUAAUGACGCAGCGCCGCCCCCGGCCCCGCGCACCCGGGGGUCUUUAUUAGCAUCAUGCAUCAUGCCUGCAGCCCCGCUGAGGGAGGUGGUACCCCUGGCCCCAACCCGAGUGGCGCGCCUGGUGGUCCCCUCGCGCAUACCCAGUUGUGCGCCCAAUGGCCUUGCGCCCUUCCUGGGGCCCGACCCAGGCUGUGUGCCCAGCGGCCCCGUGCCCUCCCUGGGCCCCACGCGGCUCCGGCUCCCGCCGCCGCUAGGUGGAGCGAGGAGGCCGGCGGAGACGCCGCGCGGGAGGACGCGCGCUCUGGAACACGGAAUCCCGGACGGCUCCGCGCUCAAGCCCCUUGCCCUGCAGACAGGGAAGCGAGCCGCCCCCCGGGCCGGGACAGCCGGGGAAGGGUGCGCGUGGGGGACGCGAAGGGCGGGUCCGGAGUGCUCGGUGAGGUCCCACCACCGACCCGACCUUGACCCCCGAUUCCUGACCCGGCUGCCUCCUGCGGAUGCAGGUGGGAGGCCACCUGACCCCUCUGAGUCUGGGAUCAAGGGUGAGCUGAUGCUGCCAGGUCAGGGCUCCUGGGAGUUCAGGGGCCGCGUCAUGGCCACUCCCAGUGUCCGGAAGCUCUCGGGUGGCCCCAUCUAA